AUGUCGGUGCUGAGGCCGUUGGACAAGCUGCCUAGGCUGAAUACGGCCACCAUCUUGCUGGUGGGCACCGAGGAUGCAGUUCUGCAACAGCUGGCGGAUUCGAUGCUUAAGGAGAGUUGCACCUCCCAGCUCAUGAUCCACUUGGCAAGGUCCCUCCCUCUGCCCUCUGAUGGGAAUCGGCCCCGACUCGACCUGAUUGUGUUUGUGGUGAACCUUCACAGCAAAUACAGCCUCCAGAACGUCGAAGAAUCCUUGUGCCACGUGGAUGCCAGCUUCUUCCUGGGGAAGGUGUGCUUCCUGGCCACGGGCGCCGGCGAGGAGAGCCACUGCAGCGUUCACCGCGACACCGUCAUGAAGCUGGCCCGCACCUACCGCAGCCCCCUGCUCUUCUGUGACCUGAAGACAGAAGACUUCCACGCCACCAUGGCACGGCGCCUGGUGAGGAUGCUGCUGGUCUCUGCCGGCCACGUGCCCGGUGUCUCGGCCCUGAACCUGCUGUCGCUGCUGCGGACCACUGAGAGCCCCUCCCUGGAGGACCUGUGA